CAGGGGUUUGUUUAUUUCGACGCAGCUGCAUACGCGUGGCAUUUUUUGAACCCUGACGUAUUUUUAGGCUAAGGUAAAUUUUGAGAGUGUGAACAAUGGUCGCGGCGGAGGUCAAUGUUCCCCGAGUUCGGAUGGACGGGUUCGGGUUCCUUCCCGAUGAUUCACGCGAAAUUGUUCGGAGGUUUACGAUCACAAAUAAAAACAACGCUCGAGUCAGGCUGAUCAGUUUGGGCGCAGGGAUUCAGUCGAUAACGAUACCGAGCAACACCGGAGACGAUGCGGAUGUUGUUCUUGGAUUCGAUAAUGUGGCCGGCUACCUGAAAAACCGCUACAUCGGCCGCAUAGUCGACCAAAUUUCCAACCCACAGGGAACCAUAGGCGAUCCAUCAUCGUCUAAAAUCAGCGGCUGCUCUUUCGACAUCAGCAACUGGGACUCGUAUAUUUUAGGCGAGCGAGUAGUGAUGACGCACGUGAGUCGCGGAGGUUCGUUCGGUGAUUUACUGACUCAAGUGACGUAUUCCUGGACCGAUGAACAGAAGCUUCAUGUGGAGAUAUCCGCUGUCACGACGAAGCCGAGAUGUGUAGACAUCGGGCUGUGCUCUGUUUUUAAUCUCGCUGGACAUGGGAUGGGCCCAGAAGAGUUGAGGAAACACAUAGUCACUGUAAACGCGGAUAGAUGGACGCCGAUUUGCAUAAAAAGUCGAUUACCAACUGGGUGUAUAGAGGACGUUCAGAAGACUAUCUACGAUCUGCGAUGUCCCACUUGGUUGAGUUCGAAAAGAUUACGCAAAGUCCCAGGUGGUGGUUUCAAUCACAAUUUCUGCAUCAACAGUCCCAGUGAUCGGUGGUGUUACCGGUUUCACGCGAGAUUGCAGCAUCCGGAAAGUGGCCGAUUUUUGGAAGUUUACUCAAAUCAUCCCGCGAUGCGUGUGUACACUGCCAACGAUCUGCCUGAUCUUGAGAAAGUCUGGCCGCCAGAUUUGGAUGACGAGGGAAUGAAUGCAAAUGUAAUACGCGAAUCUCGAGAUAAAAUUAUAGGAAAAGACGGACUGCCGUACAAAAGACACGGAGGCGUCGCUUUGAUUCCUCAGGGAUAUCCGUGUGCAUUGAAUCAUGCGAAUUUUCCUUUGAAUAUUUUACACCCUGGCAAAGUUUAUGUACAUAAGAUGACGUAUGAUUUUGGAGAUCUAAAUCAGUAAAUAGAUUUAUGAAAAAAAGUUAAUAAAUGAAAAGAGAUGCUCCAGAUUACAAAAAAAA